CUGUCGAGUCGUCAACCAAGGCAAAGCACUUAUUAAAAUAAUAAUAUUAUAAUCUCUAUGAAGGGAGUGAGCUUCAUUCACACAACUGCAAAUACUUUUUUCAUUUCCGAUUAGGUUUCUCUCUCUUAUCUUUUGUGGUUAGGCUCUCUCUCUCUCUCUCAACUUCUUUUUUCCUUUUUUACAGAUCUAUUUUAUUCGAAGGUUCGUUUGGUUUCAGAACAAGGAAAAUCUCAAUGGUGGUUUCGUUGUAGUGAUAAGGCAAAGAUCAUUUCUUUGGGAGGAGAAAGAAAGGGCUUGGAGGGGCUUAGUUUGGGCUCUAUUUUUUUUAAAUUUGAAGAGAUGACGAGUGUGAACCCUUUUGAUUUGUUGGGUGAUGAUGAUACCGGGGAACUAUCAUUGUUGAUCGCUGCUCAGCAAAAGGCUGCUGCCGUCGCCCCCCCAAAGAAGGGGCCGGCUCAGUCUCAGGCUAAGACACAACCUGCAGCUCAGGGUAAACAAGCUAAACUUCCCUCCAAACCUCUUCCUCCCGCUCAGGCCGGUGCUAUUGGCUUUUUGAGGCUUCACACUGACGUAUGUGCAUUUUGGCCUUUUUUUAAAGUGAGGGAAGCAAAGAAUGAAAGUGCACAAGGCAGAGGCCGUGGUGGACGCGGAUAUGGGCGUGGACGCGGUGAUAGUGGUGGAUACAGACGGGAUUUUUCUAAUGAUGAGAACUCUUUAAGCAAUAUUGGUGGACCUGCUGGUCAAGGUGCAGCUGAAGAUGGAGAGGGUGGGAAACCCUCUGGAAGGCGUGGUGGCUAUGGUGGUCCUCGACCUUACUGUGGUGGCCGCUCUGGUGGUUUUAAUAAUGGGGAAGUUGGGGAUGGUGAGAGAUCUAACAGGUUGUAUGAACGCCGUAGUAGGACCGGACGCGGAAAUGAGCUCAAACGUGAAGGCUCUGGUCGUGGAAAUUGGGGAAGUCAGACUGAUGAGCUUGCUCGGGUGACUGAAGAAGACAAUGAAGGUGAGAAGAAUUUAGGUGAUGAAAAACCAGCAGGAGAUGCUAACAAGGAAAGUCCUACCAAUGAACCUGAAGAAAAAGAACCCGAGGAUAAGGAGAUGACUCUCAAGGAGUAUGAGAAGGUGCUGGAAGAGAAGAGGAAGGCUCUGCUGGCUCUCAAGACUGAGGGAAGAAAAGUAGGUGCCAAGGAGUUUGAGUCUAUGCAGCAGCUAUCAAACAAGAAGAGUAAUGAUGAGGUCUUCAUCAAAUUGGACUCGGAUAAGGAUAAGAGAAAAGAGGCUUAUGAGAAGGACGAGAGAGCAAAAAAGUCGGCCAGCAUUAAUGAAUUUUUGAAGCCUGCUGAAGGGGGGAAGUACUGCAACCCAAGUGGACGUGGACGUGGACGUGGUUCAAGAGGUUUUGAUGGAGGAAGUACAGCGAGACACAAUGAAGCGGCACCUUCCAUUCAAGACCCUGGGCAGUUCCCAACUUUGGGGGGCAAGUGAGAUUUCAAUAAAACUUGACUAACGAUCUCUGUGUGUUCGGCUUUUUUGGUUUGUUUAAAUUUUGGGCUGGGAAAUGUGCUUCUAAUAAUCUGGUUUCCUGUUGCCAAAGGAUCUCUGACUUUCAUGUUUAAAAGAUGUAUAUUUUGUUUUGUUGUAAUGCCC